AUGUUCCUCGAUGAGUACAUCCCCCAAACAGUCCGGGACGAUAAGAGGGAGGAUUUCAUGAAGUUGGAGCAGCAGUGGGGGCAGAGUGUCACGGAAUACACAGAGCUAUUCAAGAAGUUGUGCAAGUAUGCUGAUCCCGUGUACCGGACUGCAGCCGGGAUGCGAGAUCGUUAUGUUCGGGGUUUGAGGGCAGAACUAAGAAAAUGUAUGGGAGAAGCAGAGAGGGCAUCUCAAGCCACUACAUACCGAGCUUCCCUUCGCAUUGAGAGGGAUGAGAAGAUGGCCGAACAGGAGAGAGAUGCGAGGCUUGGUACGAAGAAGAGGAAGGAGCCAACCAACUCUGGGGCCACGACUUACUCGCCCCAACCUUCCAAGUGGGGACCUGGUUCAUCUAGCCAACAUCAGUCCUGGAGCCAGGAGAUCUCCACGAGAUAUGCACCGACACAACAACUAUAUCCACUAUGCCCGAAAUGUGACAAACGUCAUCUGGGUCAGUGCAGGCGUAAUAUGGGUGUCUGUUUUGAGUGCGGUGAACCGGGACAUAUAAAGUGGAAUUGCCCACGACUUGCAGAUCAUACAAGGGUUAUUUCUGAGCCAUCAGUUAAUGGGGGUAGGGCACAGACGGGAAGUAGGUUCAGUGGCCGUACUAACCACUUCGACAACAACAGCAACAACAAUGGUGGACGUUUCAAUGGCAUCAACACCCACAAUGCCAGGCGUGAUGAGAGCCAGAUGUCCAAAGCUGGUGGACGACCUAGAGUCUUUGCCAUGGAAAAGCUUGCCGGUGGUUGUGGAGAAGAUGGAAGGGAUGAACCAACACAUUGA